UUGAGGCUUCAAGGCCUUGGGUUCAGGGGUUAGAUCACCGAAUAUAUAUGGAAGACCACCAGGUUGACUCCUCAAUCUCAUUCCUACCUCAUUUGGAGGCCAAGAUCCGCCAGACACACAACCUUGCACGCCUCCUGACCAAAUAUGCAGAACAACUGCUGGAGGAAUAUGUGCAGCAACAGGGAGAGCCCUUUGGGUUGCCGGGCUUCUCACCACCGCGGCUGUCGCUGGCCGGCCUGAGUGGCCCAGCUCCGAGCCAUGAGGGGCUACCGGUGUCCGAGCGGCUGCGGCAGGAUGCAGCCGCCUUGAGUGUGCUGCCGGCUCUGUUGGAUGCCGUGCGCCGCCGCCAGGCGGAGCUGAACCCGCGCGCCCCACGCCUGCUGCGGAGCCUGGAGGACGCGGCCCGCCAGGUUCGGGCCCUGGGCGCCGCGGUGGAGACGGUGCUGGCCGCUCUGGGCGCUGCAGCCCGCGGGCCCGGACCAGAGCCCGUCGCCGCCGCCACCCUCUUCACGGCCAACAACGCUGCAGGCAUCUUCUCAGCCAAGGUGCUGGGGCUCCACGUGUGCGGCCUCUAUGGCGAGUGGGUGAGCCGCACGGAGGGCGACCUGGGCCAGCUGGUGCCAGGGGGCGUCGCCUGAGAGUUAAUACUUGUUCUUGCAGACUCGCUCUGUCCGGCCUCUUUGGCUUCUAAUUCUCUGUCUCUCCAUCUGUGUCAUCCGUAUGUGUUCUUGGGCUGUCCCUAUCUUUCUGCAUUGUAUGGCCUCUUUCUCUUCUGCUCUCCUCUCCUCUCAGGGAGCUUCUUGUGCCCACCAGUUUCCCAUUGUGUGUCUUUCUCUGCCGUCUUGAACUCUUCUGUCUCCGAGAGGUUUCUGCUUCUGUUUCCUUGUCUCGGUUCUUUCUUUGCCUGCUUGUUUG